CUCUCACACACACAACUGUUGUGUUGGACGGUACUGAAGCGUGAACCAGUGAAAAACAGGUCUGUAAAUAUGUAAUCGUACAUGUCCGGUAACAGUCGUGUUUCCACCGGGAGAAGAAAAAUGGACUCUGUUGUGAAAAACACCCAGAAGAAGUUGUGGCUCGGCGGGCUGCUUUGGUGGUCGCUCCUGCUCGAGCUGGCGUCGGGAGCUUCCUUCUACGGUGACGGCUUUGUACAGCUCAAGGCAACGGAGUCGUCCGACCAUAACACACUUCGCAUUCGCUUCCGAACCUCCAGUACCAACGGCCUGCUGUUUCUCGCUGCCGGCCAGAGCGACUACUUUCUACUAGAGCUCCAUGCUGGUCGCCUGCAGCUGAAUCUUGACCUUGGAUCGGGGGAGUUACAGUUACAGUCAGAGAAAGGCACCCAGCUCAAUGACCUGGCAUGGCACUCCGUGGAGGUUCACCAUGUGCAGCACAAUGUCACCCUGACUGUGGACAAGAACUCUCACACUGGUGUUAAGAUUCCACCCUCCAAUCACAAUCUCCGUAUUUCAGAUGGGCUUUUUGUUGGAGGCUCAGGAGGCCUGGACAAAAUGUACCUACCCAGAGACCAGAUUGGCUUCCGAGGCUGCAUGGAUGAGGUGCUCUUUAAUAAACAUGACUUGUUGUCAUCACUGAGGCCAUAUACCGGAUUCAAGAAUGUCCAUGAGGUUUCUUUAGGCUGUAGUCCCCAAUUCUUUGCCACAGAGGAGGACCCUAUCAGUUUAUUCAGCUCCAGGGCUUACAUUUCUCUUCCAACCUGGACCACCCAGCAGGAAGCAGUAUUUGAGUGUGUCGUGCACACUUCAGCCAAAGAGGGAAUUAUCCUGUACAGCUCAGCCAGAGAGGGGGACUUUGUGGCUGUUGAGAUUCAGGAAGGUUUGCCAGUGGCCACUGUUGGGAAAGGUGGAACCAAAACCGAGCUUCGAUCCCUUACAUCAAUUUAUGACAAGAAAUGGCAUACUUUGAAGUUGCAUUUAAGUUACGAAAGCCUUGAGCUUACUGUUGAUGGAGAGAUGGUGAAAAGCAGCAUGAGCUCACGUUCAAAGGGGCUUCAGCUUAAAGGUUAUCUUUUCGUUGGAGGUAUUGAUGACGGCACCAGAUCAGAGGCCAGAAAGGUCGGGCUUGUCUCUGUGUCUGGUAAGCGUGUAAGAGGAGGUUCCUUUAAAGGAUGUCUGAAGAACAUUGAAGUCAACAGAGUGAAAACAGGUCUUUCCAAUGCUGUCGUCACAAAGGAUAUCUCAGUCGGUUGUGAGCCAGAGACAGAACCGGAACCAUCAACCACUGUGAGUCCAAUAAAUGCUGCAGGAUCUCUUUUUCACUUGGUAACCCAAGCACCAUCACUUCACACUUCCACCCUUGCAGAGGGCUUGGACAGAAAGUAUGGCUCAAACUUUGUGCAGCUCAAAAACCUUGUGGUCCCUGAAGGUGGUCGAGCAUCUCUCGAGGCCAAACACAUAAAGGUACUCUUGGACUUUAAGAAGCUUGGCAUUCGACAGUCUCAGAUCGUGUUCCAAAUUCGGGAGCAACCAAUUCGGGGCCAGAUAAGGCUUGAUGUCGACCAGGACCAAGAGGAGAACACUUUUAGUAUGUUGGACCUUUGGCAUGGAAGAGUCAUGUAUAUCCAUGGAGGCUCCGAGGAACCUGAUGAUUUCUUCAUGUUUUCAAUUUAUUCUAGCAGUAGAAAGAAAGUACCUGAUUAUCUGAAGGGCAACAAAUUGUACCGCUACAAUAUUACUGUGACACCCACCAACGAUGCACCUGAAUUGAGUCUCCCUGAAGGUAAUCUCUUUGUGCUGUUGGAGAACUCGAAGAAACGCCUCACCACUGAUGUUCUGAGGGCCACAGACAUUGACAGCAACAACACCAACCUUGUCUUUUCUGUGCUUGGAAACCUGAAUGCUGAUGCAGGAUAUUUGGAAAUUGAAAACAACCCUGGCAAGUCAGUGCCCUCAUUCUCAUAUCUAGACUUGGAAGAAGAGAGGGUGUACUAUGUUCACACCGGAGUUCGAAACUCAAGGAUAGUUCUUAGAGUUGGCGAUGGGGAAAAAGUAAGCAAUACCGUGGUUUUAAGGGUCAUGGCUGUAGCACUGGAGUAUAAGAUUGCCAACAACACAGGCCUUGAAAUCAUUCAAGGAGAGUCAGCUAUACUUAGUUUAAAGGAGCUGGCUGUGCAAACCAAUGCUAUAAAACAAAUAGUUGAAAUCCGAUAUGAUAUCAUUGAACCCCCUCAGUAUGGAGAGCUCCAGAGACUUCACUCAAGCGGUGAAUGGAGGCAUACUGACUCAUUUUCUCAAAGACUUCUUGAAAAAGGGCGUCUAAGGUAUGUUUGCACUUUUCAAGAAAUCCAAACUUCCAACGUGACCGAUUACUUUAAGAGCAAAGUUAAUGUAGCUGCAAGGGCAACCACUGAAAUACUUUUUUCAAUCACUGUGAAGUGGGUGACGUACCACCUGAUGAGGAAUGUAAUGAUGGAAAUGGAUAAAGUAAGAAAAGUGACACUGGACUCGGAGAAUCUUUUUGCCACCGCGGAGGGUGUGGUCCUCUCAGAGAAUGACCUCUACUUUCGGGUUCUCACCACACCAAAGAAAGGGAGAAUCCUGCUCGACACCACUAUCUUGAGCAAGAACUCAACCUUUAGUCAAAGAAAUGUAACUGAUCAAAAAGUACAUUACGAGCUGGUUGACCGGCCUUAUGAAGAUACAAGUGACAGGUUCAAGUUCCAGCUGGUUUCCAAACAUGCUGAGUCACAAAACUAUGACUUUCGGUUAUCGAUUAAAGCUGAUGUCAACAGCGUGUUUAUGAGAAGUGAUGGACUCUCACUUAUCGAGGGAGAAAGUAAACUUAUUACAAAAGAUGCUCUGUUUGCAGAGACUCUGAGUACAAAGGAUAUGUACUACACAGUAAUAAGCAGCCCAAAACACGGGAAGCUAUCACGUAUUACUCGAUCAAAUUCCAAUGCUAGCUACGACAACAUCCUAUCCUUUAGUAAUCAGGAUAUAUUAGAGGAAAGGAUAAUGUACAUCCAUGAUGACAGUGAAACCACUCAGGAUGAUUUCACUUUUAUAGCCUCCACCAGUCAAGAAUUCAAAUCCUCAAUCACAGAAGAUGAAUUUGGCUCCAAAGAAGGAACGUUUAACGUAUCGAUUCAGCUAGUUAAUGACCAAAAACCGGUCCGUGUUAUUGAUAAAGUUUUCUUAGUAAUAAAGAAUGGACAGAAGUUACUCACUAUAGAUGAUUUGCGUUAUCAUGAUGCAGACUCUGACUUUGACGAUGGCCAGUUGAUUUACACUCGACGUGGAAUCCCGAUGGGAGAUCUAGUGCUCGUUAAUGACACCACUCACCGGCUUUUCCAGUUUCGACAGAAGGAUUUGGAAGAAAAGCGAGUUUUGUUUAUUCACAAAGGAGUAAACGUGGGCAGAUUUGUGCUCUUUGUCUCCGAUGGAAAACACUUUGUAUCGAGUCUUUUAGACAUCAGCGCACAGGACGCUUUCUUGCAAGUUGGCAACAAUACUGGCCUUAUGGUUCAGAAGGGCCGGUCAGUAAGCUUUUCCACCAGUAAUUUUAGUGUUGUAACAAAUUUGGAUAUCAGAGAUGACCAGGAGGUCAUCUUCAAGUUGGAUGAGGCCCCUAAGUAUGGAGGACUUUAUCACAAUGAAACAAAAGUGGAUUUCUUCUCACAGUCUGACUUUAAGAAUGGGAUAAUCUCCUAUCGGCACAAUGACAGCCAACAUGUUGCCGACUAUUUCAACUUAACAGUGAAGGCAAAAGGGCUUGAACUUGCUGUGAGGAUCAAUGUGAAAGUGUUCCUGGAAAGUCAUCAGAGGCCACCCAUCGUGCUGCAUCACAACAUCCUACUGGUGGAAGAGGGGAAACCAGUGAAGAUUAGCGAAGUCAAACUAGAGGUCACUCACGAAGACAACCUGCCAUCUGAGAUUGUAUUCACAGUCAAGGUAGCCCCAUCUCAUGGAUUUAUCCGGCGUUUUACUGACGCGGAGGAGCGUUACAUCGGAACCAAACAGUCCCCUGUCGAGACGUUUACCCAAGAGGACAUUAACAGUGGGAACAUCCAGUACAUGCAGUUGGAGCCCAACAAAAUAAACGACACUUUCAUCCUCGAUGCUACCAACGGAGUGACUGAUGUCAACGGCAUUAGGAUGUAUAUUGACAUCAUCCCACGCCUUAUCCCACUUCAAGUCUCCAAUUUCACGCUGAACGAGGGCGCUCCCAAGGCUCUUACUGAAGAUGUGCUCAAAGUCACCAACAGACACUUUUCUGGAAACAACUUCCUGUAUAGUUUGACUGAGCCCCCGCAGCAUGGUCACAUUGAGCACUCUCGACAUCCCGGUGUGGCCAUAACCUCUUUCACCAGGAGGCAGGUGGAACAAGAAUUCAUAUACUACGUUCACGACAGCAGUGAAACCUUAGCUGACAACUUCACUGUGAGGGCCAAUGACCCGGGCCUGAGGAAGCAGAGUGCGGCCCAGGCUGUGUAUAUCCAGGUUUCAGCUGUCAACGAUGAGCCUCCUGUUAUAACAGCCAACAGGGUCCUCAGGGUCUGGGUGUCCUCGGUGACGGAGAUCACACCGGAGGACCUGAGAGCGCAGGACCGGGACUCCCCCCCAGAGGAGCUGCACUUUAUGGUGAUCCCCCCCAGCAACGGACACCUGGCCCUGAAGAGCGCCCCCAUGAAGGCCGUGCUCAACUUCACCCAGGCACACAUUGACCAGGGACAGCUGCUGUUUGUUCACAAAGGUGCCAUGUCUGGAGGAUUCAACUUCCAAGUGAACGAUGGUGUGAACUUCACUCCCAGGCAGAUCUUCAGCAUCACUGCCAGAGCCUUAGUUCUCAGAUUAGAGAAAAACCGUCCACUCAAGGUGUUUCCAGGCUCUUCAACUCCAAUCACGAAAGAGGACCUACAAGCAGUGACCAAUGAUAUUAGCAACACCUCAACCCGCGUCAUUACAUUCAGUGUGAUUCGGCAUCCUAAACUUGGGCGUCUGGUGACGAGGCAGCCUGACAAUUCAACAGUGGAUAUUUCCACUUUCACACAAGACAUGGUGGACAGGCAUGAAGUUGUGUUCAUUCAAACCCCCAUCGAGUCAGUGGGUUGGGAAGCCAUGGACUCUAUAAUCUUCUCUGUGGUAUCAUCGCCUACAACUCUGGACAGCCAGACCUUCAAAAUUGACAUUUCUUAUGAGAAUACUGGACCUGAACACAACACAGUCUUGCUCGCAAACAAAGGUGCUGAGGUAACUGAAGGGGAGAGUGUCAUCAUUGAUGAAUCCAAGCUGGAUGCCUCUAACCUGAUGUCUAAGCUGCCGACACCUCAGCGGAGCUCCCAUGAGGUCUGGUUCCAGGUGAUGUCUCUGCCUAAGCAUGGUGUCAUUGUGGUCGGAGAGCGAAACCUCACCAAAGAGAAACCUAACUUCUCCCAGUUCAUCGUUAACAAAUAUGGUAUUACCUACAAGCACGACAACUCAGAGACAACUGAUGAUUAUUUUGUAUUCAGUACAUGGUUAAAUCCUAAGGGAAAAACUGCUCAGCGCCCGGAAGAUGACAUUGAUAUCAUCGAGGAGCUUUUUAACAUUACAAUCACACCUGUGAAUGAUCAGCCACCUUUGCUAAAAACUAAAGCUCCAUUUCUGAGGGUGGUACAAGGGGAUACGGUAGCCCUCAGGCCUGAGAACCUCAAAGUUGAAGACUUAGACAAUCCUCCUGGUGAUAUAAAGUUCUCUGUGAUUAGCAAGCCAAACAACGGCUACCUGGCUCUUGGAGGAUGUUUGAAUGAGUCGGUUGAGGCCUUCACUCAAGCCCAAAUCAACAACGGAAGUGUUUAUUUCAUCCAUGAUGGAAGCUCUGUGUCAGGGGUGUUCUACUUCAGUGUGACGGAUGGCCAUCAUAAACCAAUAUAUAAACUCUUUAACCUAGAAGUGACAGAAAUCACCAUCUCGCUGGUUAACUACACUGGGUUGACACUGGAGCAAGGCAAGACUUCAGUAUCCCUGACCCAAAACAACCUUGCUGCUGAGACCAAUGGGAAAAACUUCACCAUAUACUACGAGGUUACUAAGCCUCCACAUUUUGGCAAGCUUUUGAAGGACAACCAAGAGGUGACACAGUUCGAACAGGAGGAUCUACAGGCUGGACGGUUGUCCUACCACAUGAUCUCCCUUUCCUCUGCAGAGGACAGCUUUGUGUUCAAUGCCUUCACUUCAGAGGCCAAUUUGACGAAUCAAGUGUUUAACAUAACAGUCAGGCCUUUAAUCCAGGUUGGCAAAGGUUUGAGGAUUCCAAAUGGUAUCACUGUCAAACUCAACACUGGCUUUCUUAAUGCCUCUGAACUGGCUCAUAUCAGUAAUAGUGACCCUACAUUUGAAAUUAUCUCCCAUCCUAAGUAUGGGAAGGUGGUUUGGACAAAACCUAAAAUGUCCAAGAAAGAUGUACCAGCUGAGUCCUUCACCUUUCAGGAGGUGAUGCAAGCGAUGGUAGCCUUGCAGCUGAAUGCCAACAUGACCGGAGUUCAAGAGCUAAAUGACUCUCUGGUGUUCGUACUGAAAGCUGAUGAUGUCCAACCUGCUAAAGGCAAGUUCCAUUUUACAGUCGUGCCAUAUGAUGCAGCACUUUUUCCAACCACAAAGAGUCCCCUUCCAUCCACAUCAUCUGUUCCUCGGACUCCAAUCCACACUUCGAGAAAUGGGACUGUGUCACCGGUCCUGUCUACAGCUCUGCUCUCCACCCAGCAAACAAGCAAAAACCAGCAAAAGUUCAAGGCACGCAACCGAUGGGGGAACUCCAACAGAACUAGCAUAUUUAGCACGACUCUUGGUAAGCCCACACGGGGAACAGAGGACCUGCCCUUUGGGAACACACCUGUACGUGUAGAGUCCUACCCUCAAAAAACCUCCAGUCCGCUCCUGGUCAUCUUACCACUGUUGGCCCUGCUGCUGCUUAUAAUCAUCUUUGUAGUCCUGGUUGUUUUUCUUCGACACCACAGGCAUCGGAGGACUGCCUCCUCAAAAGAGACGGCUUCGACUGAUGUUCCAAGCAGUCAAUCCUACCAUGGUCAACCCCAGAGGAGCCCAACAGUUCCAACAGUGACUGUCACUCCAUUAAGCCCCAGCUGCCCCAGUAGCCCUGUGUUUGAUCGCUUACUGAUAACAAAUCAGGGCUCAGCGUAUAACACUUUUGAUUCAAACAUACUUUUAAGUUCUUGGAAGAACGGUUCCCCUGCAUCGUCCUCCGAAAUUAUCAGAACCACCACUCCCACUCUGCAGAUGAAUCAGUAUUGGGUAUGAGCUUCGACAAGCCGACUGGUAACUACAUCCUUUUCAAAAUACUGUUACUUGUCUCUGAGUUGAUAUGGGCUAAACAAGAGACAAACAAAGUUCACAAAAUGGCCAUAAUAAAAGCACCAAUUGGGGUGAAAAUAUUGCACUCUUGUCUGGAUGCAUAAUUAGCCACAACCGUUUUAAAAAUAACUAAUACAAAAGACCGUAACACUAGCUUGUUUUGAGGUGCUCUGCCUCCUAGUGGCCCAAAAUCAUUGGCGCAGCUUUAAGUAAGGAUAAAACAGACACCCUUUUUAUUGAGUCUCACUGGUCUACAACCACUGCUGUAUAUUGAGUUGGAAGGACAGAAUAUGUUCAGCGUUGAACAUUUAUAAAGCGAUCAUCAUUGUGGUAAAUUAUAACCUGUGUUUGGUAAUCACUCACAUUGUUAUCUGGUCCUUAUGCACGAUGAAGUCUCUUCCAUUAUGGGUUAUGAUCAUCAGAGCUGAAGGUGGUGCUGACAGCAGCUUGAAACUGUGAAUUACUGGGACUGAAAGUGGCACAAAGAUGUACAGUCUAAGCAUUUCAAUUGAUUGUGUAGAUUUUAUAUUGUUGUCAUGUAUUAUCACAGUAUAUUAACUUUUUUAACUCAGGUAUUUUUGUUAAGUCAUUUACUCCAUGUUACCUUUAAUGAGGGUUGCAUGUAUUGUCAAUUACUGAUAUCCUUGUUUAUUAUUACAGGGUUUAAAUAUUAUACAUUUCACAGUUUUGUAACAAAUGGCUGAAUAUUGAUACGAGACAUUGAAAUGGUUUGUUUGGUACCACUAUUAAAACGUUUUUAAUAGCGUAAACAAAUCCCACUGCUUAAAAUAUUAUAACUUCUUUCCAAGUUUUUUAUUUUUAUUUUACUAUGCAUAUAUUUUUUAAAUAAGCACAAAAAAAAAUCAACGCACUGACCUUAAAGAUUACACAAAUCUACACUGUAUUCCACCAUACUUUCACCUCAGUGAUUACAAUUCUAAUUUUAUGUUCAUUUUGUUAUAUAUUUACAACAACCUACUGUUGAAUAGUUUGGUGGUUCCACAUAAUUUUCAGGAAAUGAAGCAGCUAACCAUUAAUAAGAUAGGCACAAGAAGUGCAUCCAUAAAAAUACUGAUGUUCCUUACUGUACAUGAAAAUAAUUACACACACUGAGAUUUUCUUUGACUGAAUAUAGCGCUGGUAUUUAUACUAAUGAUUUACCUCUGAUAAGCCUAUUCCUUGACAUAAACGUUAAGCCUUGGUGGUUUUACACUGUAACGAUGUAUCUGCUCUAACUGAAACGUACUGCUCUGACAGGUCCUGGCAAGAUAAGGGAAAUGAGAAAAACUACUGUAAUAUGUUAUGUAAUAAUUUUAUACUGAAGAGAAGUGUCUAUCCAGUGUAUUCCUGUCUCAUCUGAAUGAUGUAACCUGAUAUGUAUAAGAAGUGUCAUAUUUAUUUAUACCAUGUUUUUAAUAAACCACUUUAAAAUGUU